UAAAGUCUUUAAUUCAUGCACAUGGUUCACGUUGUGACUCGUUCGCUCACACACAUGACAAAUCAUUCAUUGAUUGUGUCAUGGGUGGAGUUUUUCUGUGGGUGGGAUCUAUGUUUACUUUCUGUUUCAUUAGUUUUCAAAAGUGUAUAUAUCUAUUAACUCGGCUUUAUCAUGCUGUAAAUUAUUUCACACCGGACUGAGACAUGGAGGACACACUCCAUCAUAGUUUAAUGGAUUAUCUUUUAUGUUUGUUUGGAUUGCUUAUGUCUUUAGUGGAUAUAGGGCUGGACUGUUGGACUGUUGUAUCAUUUUAUCAGAAUGGGGCUUAUGUGUAUAUGGCUGUGCUGAUCUUUCUUCUGCUGGGGUCUUCGCUGUUAGUACAGGUGUUCAGCUGGAUCUGGUACUCUGAAGCACCAGACAACAUUCAGACUCAUGUGGAAAAAUUUGUUAACAAGCAUCAUUUACUCAAAGCAUUCCACUUCAUGCAGCUCGCCGUCUAUCUCAGAUAUGCCGGGCUGGUGGAGAUUUCAACACGCAGGUUUCUUCGGACUGAUCCAUUGCAAGAGGACGUUUCUCUAAACCUGAAUCAUGAUCUUUUUAUGCUUCGACUAAUAGAGGCUUUUGCUGAAAAUGCUCCACAACUUACCCUCAUGAUGUCGAUAAUCGCAACAAUGGGACAAGAACGAACACUUUUAACAGCUUUAAAAAUCUUUGGAUCAGCUUUUGCACUCACCUUGAGUGUUGUCACCUAUCACCGGAUCAUGCGUAAAUUUCUUCCUGAAAAACAAAAGCUGAAAUGGUCUUCAUCUGUUGUCUACUUCCUCUGGAACUUAUUGCUCAUCUUCACGCGUAUCACGGCUCUGGCACUCUUCGCUUCUGUAUAUCCUUGCUACAUUAUCGCCCACUUUCUGUCUGUGUGGAUGGUGCUUGUUUUGGUGGUCUGGGGUCAGAAAACAAAUUUCAUGGAUAGUACAUGUGGGGAAUGGCUGUACAGAGCUACUGUUGGACUUAUUUGGUAUUUCAGCUGGUUUAAUGUAGGAAGUGGAAGCACUAAAUUAAAGAACAUCAUCUAUUAUGCAGUAAUGGGUUUGGACACGAUGGCACUGCUGGGCUUCUGGUGCUGGAAGAUGGAGUAUGCUUGCACUUUCCCAUUUAGACCUUAUAUAAUGAUCAUUAUACUAGCAAGUUUGUAUGUUUUGGGAAUUCUUCUGAAAAUGUUAUACUACAAAAAGUUUCAUCCUAACUGUGAUGAAAAGAAAAUUGAGUUGCAUGAGUAUAAACCGGUCAUGCAGGCAGCAGCAUUGAAUGAGUGCAUAGAGACAGAUUCAGCUAAAUCUUCAGAUUUCACAAAACCUGUCACUGGAGCUCAGAAGAGAAUGAGGAUAAUGGCUUCUAAUUUCUAUUCCUAGUGUUCACUUUAACUUUCCAAAGACUUCUUGUCUUUUCUUUCACUAAUCCUGGAACGAUAAAUUAUUACAGUAUAAUUUAUAUUAAAUGUUUUUAUUAAAAAAUGUUUUGGUUUAAUGUGUUUUAUUUACAAAACAUAUGUUUGUCAAAUAAUUCAAAUAAGCAUUCCUAUAAAGUAGUUGCCUGUGCCCACCCAAAAUUUGUCUUGAAGAUAUCAUUAACAUUGCUAACAUCGUCUAAGGAAAACUAGAGAUUCUUGUUUAAUCUCGAAAAACAUGAAGUGAAUGAACCACAUACAAGGUUUUAUCCAGCUUUACAACUGUUUGUAUUUAAUUGUAUUUAAUUAUCAAACUAAGACUACUACUACUAAUAUCAGUAUGCAACAUGCUACUCAAAGUUGUAAACAUCGAAUUUAACUUAGACUUGAUACUCCCAAUUUUGAAAAUCAUCUUUAACUCGUUUGGGGCUGCAGUGCUGACAAGCCUCUCACAGGAGACCUUGUUCACACUGUCAGUCCAAAUCUGAUAAUUGGUGCAUAUCCGAUUAGAAUCCAAUCACAUUUAGAACGUGUGAACAGCCAAAAACCGCAUGAAAUCUGUUUUUGCCAAUCCGUUUAAGGCUAUGUCACACCGAGGGGCUGGCUGUCAAUAGGCUAAAGCCACGCCCCUCUUCAACUUCCACCUCGAGGAGGUCCCCAAAGCCAACCCAAUGACCAGACAACAACAAGGACAGGUAAGUAUAAAAAUAAUCUUUAUUGAUUUAUUAAAUAUUUAAAAUGUUCUUGGGAAAUGGGGAGGGGGGAAUUAAAACUAAUAUCCGUCUCUGCCCUCCAGGUGGGCCACGGACAGGGAACAAGGGGCAACGGAAUGUCCAGGACACUGAGGACCAGGGGGGCGUGGGACUCAGGCUCCAACCUGGUCUAGACUAUCCGUGGCGCGCUCCUUUGUCCUCCUGGAGGCAGAAUCAAAAGCAAAUGAGUGUUGUGGAUUCUUAUUUGGGCUGCGUACCUGGGUCUCCCUGGUGUGGGCUCUUCCUCGCACUUUCACAACUUUCGUCGGGUCACUCACUAUUUCCUCUAUCUCCUCCACAGGUAACAACUGGCGAAGAGACACAGUUAAUCGGAUGUGGAUGGUUCUCACCUCCUGGCUAGACACAGCGUACCGUAAGUACAGGUUUCUUCGAUCUCUCCUCAGGUUAUUCACUCUCU